UCUAUAAAUGUCAUAAUGGUCGCAGAGGUACGCUGCCCUUGAACCUACUCGCCGUUUUUGGAUAAACUCCUGCCCCCCGGUGUUGAACGCUGGGAGUCAUCUUUCGCCCGGAUGUCUUCCGACAUGAUCACGCACUUGGAGCUAACUGAUCCUCCAACGCCGUCGCGCAAUCCCGAUAUUGCUCUGGAUAAUUGCGGCCGAGAAGCUGCCUCUCCGCCAGCAGUUAGAACACCUGAGCUCCAGAAUGAUGAUAUCGGCACUCGUACGGAGAUGCCCGGGAUCUCCGCCUCUGCACUCAUCUUCUCUCUGUCUCUAACUACUGCCAUUCCUUCUUUUCUGAAUGGAGCAAUCGUCGUCUGUCUCCCAAAAAUUGCAGCAGAUAUCCAUAUCUCGCGAAAUUUGUUACUUUGGCCGGCGUCUAUUUUCUCUCUGGUCAGUGGAUGUACGCUUUUGUUAAGCGGCGCCCUGGUCGACGUUUUCGGCGCCCCACCCUUGUUCCAUCUCGGCUGUCUACUUCAAUUACUCGCUAACAUUCUUUGUGGCUUCUCCCAAGCCGGCUAUCAAUUCAUCGCCUUCAGAGCUGUUGCGGGCUUGGCUAAUUCAUUGUGUCUUCCUCCCGCCGUUAGCAUUACAACGAAGAUUUUCAGCAAUGGAAAGCGACGGAACAUCGCGUUUGCUUCAAUGGGAGGGGGACAACCCGUUGGCUUCUCCAUAGGUCUCUGCUUGGGUGGAGUCAUCGCCGACACGAUAGGGUGGAAAUGGACCUUUUAUUCUGGGGCUAUACUGAACAGUCUAAACAUGUUGGUAGCCAUUGCCAUGCUCCCCAGCAUCGGGCCACCGAGGAAGAUCACUUUCCAUCUUUUGCUACACGGCAUAGACUGGACUGGCGCUCUCUUAGCAAGUGCCUUUCUGGCAAUCAUAUCAUACGUCCUGACUACAUUAGCAAGUAGUGGGCAUAAUAUUUCACACCCUACCGUUAUUGCAUUGAUCAUUUUGUCCUGCAUCCUCGCUGGCGCAUUCUGUCUAUGGAUAAGAUACCAGGAAGGUGCCGGCCGAACGGCGCUCUUCCCUACUGCUAUCUGGAGUAAUCGUGUUUUCACCAGUGUGUGCGUCAAUGUUUUCUUAGUUUGGGGGGCCUUUAAUGCCACUGAAACUCUAGCUUCUUUGUUCUUCCAAUACGUGCAAGGUUUAUCUGCGCUCCAGACAUCAGUAAGGCUUCUGCCCGCUCCAGUUGGCGGAGUGCUAGCCAGCAUUCUUGUGGGGCUAUUCAUCCAGCGAGUAAGGGCAGAUGUCUUGUCAAUUUUUGCGGUCAUAACAGCCUCCCUUGCUCCUCUCUUAAUGGCUAUUGUUAACCCUGAUUGGCCAUAUUGGGCAUGUAUCUUCCCGGCCAUGGCUACAAAUGCGAUCGGUGCUGAUACCCUGUACACGAUCUCGAAUUUGGUCAUGACCGCUUCUCUUCCACAGGAAAGACACGGUAUCGCAGGUGGGGUCUAUAAUACUAUUGCACAGAUCGGCCGAAGCUUCGGACUUACUACUUCGACCAUCGUUGCAAACUUGGUCACGGAUAAAUAUCCCGGCUCCGAGCAUGAUAGCCCGCUAGCCCUCCUAGAUGGCUAUCGUGCUGCCUUCUGGUACUGCUUUGCAGCCAAUUUGGUCACACUGUGUGUCGUUGGUUUGGGACUCAGGCGGAUUGGCAGGGUUGGUGUGAAAGAUGAUUGAGCUUCAGUUGUGUUCAGUGUGCGGUCAUGUCUCACAUGUUAUCCCGGGGAUGGACGGGUAGUAGACGUGAAAGGCAAAAGUCAGAUUUGGGAGAGAUUUCCGAGAUCCAGCAAGCCUGAGCAGGCACUGCGAAGGCUCAUCGGUUAUAUUCCAUAUAGAUUAGACUAUCUAGGAGAGAACCCUCCAGAGUGAGAAGUUGCACGAUCCUUGAUUUGUUGCCGUAUUCAAGCUCUCUGAUAGAACAGUCCUAUCUGUUGAGGUAGCGGAACACGAGAAAGGACUAUGCCUUGGAGAAAAAUCAUAGAUUUACAAAUCUCCUACCAGGGCUGCCACCUAACCACAGUCAAAACAUUCUUUAGG